AUCCAUAUCCGCUCACGUGUCGCGACAAUCGGAUAACUCGAUACCUGCCACGUUAUCAUCACCUUACCUGCAAGUCCACUGUCAGUCACUGCUAUAUGACCGCGUCUCAUUCACCCCACAGCCACCGCAACGGCGAUAAGCAGCACCAUGGGCCAGGAAAACGACACCCAGUUCAACCUCGUUGGGUUCUCCAACUUCGUCCGGACGAACCCCCGGUCCGACCGGUUCAAGGUCCACCGCUUCCACCACGUCGAGUUCUGGUGCACCGACGCCACCAACGCCGCCCUCCGAUUCUCUUGGGGACUCGGCAUGCCCAUGGUAGCUAAGUCGGACCUCUCCACCGGCAAUCAAACCCAUGCCUCCUACCUUCUCCGCUCCGGCGACCUCAAUUUCCUCUUCACCGCCCCGUACUCCCCCACCCUGACCCGAACCGCCGACCCGGCCCGGCCCAGCAACUCCAGCGCCUCCAUUCCCACCUUCGACCACACCGCUUCCCGCGCCUUCUCUGCCACCCACGGCCUCGGCGUCCGCGCCGUCGCCAUCCAAGUCGAAGACGCCGUAUCCGCCUUCACCACCAGCGUCGCCCACGGCGCCAAACCCUCGGCCGCCCCCAUCCUCCUCGACAACCGCGUCACCAUCGCCGAAGUCCAACUCUACGGCGACGUUGUUUUGCGGUACGUCAGCUACUCGGACCACAACCAUCUCACAGACCCGGACCCCAACCUCUGGUUCCUCCCCGGAUUCGAACCCCUACCGUCAUCGUUUCCAAUCGACUUCGGAAUCCGCCGCCUCGACCACGCCGUCGGCAACGUGGAGGAUCUCAAAUCGGCGAUAUCGUACGUUAAAGGCUUCACCGGAUUCCACGAGUUCGCCGAGUUCACCGCCGACGACGUCGGAACGAGCGAGAGCGGAUUAAACUCCGUCGUUUUGGCGAACAACGAGGAGAUGGUGCUGCUUCCGAUGAACGAGCCGGUGUACGGGACGAAGAGGAAGAGCCAGAUUCAGACGUACCUGGAGCACAACGAGGGGGCCGGACUCCAGCAUUUGGCGCUGGUGAGCGAGGACAUAUUCAGGACGCUGAGGGAGAUGCGGAGCCGCAGCAGCGUCGGCGGAUUUCAGUUCAUGCCGAAGCCGCCGCCGACGUAUUACGGGAAUUUGAAGAAGAGGGCAGGGGAUGUGCUGACGGAUGAGCAGAUUAAGGAGUGUGAGGAACUGGGGAUUUUGGUGGAUAGGGACGAUCAGGGGACCCUGCUUCAGAUUUUCACUAAGCCUGUUGGAGAUAGGCCAACCAUGUUCAUAGAGAUCAUUCAGAGAGUUGGGUGCAUGCUUAAGGACGAAGAAGGCAAGGUUCACCAGAAGGGUGGGUGCGGUGGGUUUGGGAAGGGUAACUUCUCCGAGCUCUUCAAGUCCAUCGAGGAGUAUGAGAAGACGCUCGAAGCCAAACAGACUGCAGAGCCAGCAGCUGCGUGAAUCGCCAUCGUCUGCAAUAUUAUAAAAUGACUAAAUAAGGCGGUUGCUGAAGCCAGGUUCGUUGUACUCAUUUUAAGGCUGUUGAAUGAGUAGUGUCAUUUUGUGUAUACCAAGCUGUAUGUGUGUUACUGUUGGUGCCUAUUGAUUUAUGCACAAUGACACAAAUGUUAUUGCUAAAUUAUACUUGUGACAGUAAUCAAUCACCGGACUUGUUGCACUGUCGACGUGCUUGUAAUGUGCAACGUUAAAGAGGAAUACAAAUCAGAGUAUUAAGUCUUUGUGCUGUAA